CCCGUCAGUCCCGCCAUGGCGCUCGGCGGGGUCGGUCGCGGCGGCGCGGCGCGGGCCGCCUGGCCGCGGCUGCUGGUGGCGGCGGCGGCGGCGGCGCUGGCGCUGGCGGGGCCGGCGCUGCCCGAGGUGCUGUUCCGCUGCCCGCCCUGCACGGCGGAGCGCCUGGCCGCCUGCCCCCCGGCCGCCCGCCCGCCCUGCCCCGAGCUGGUGCGGGAGCCGGGCUGCGGCUGCUGCCCGGUGUGCGCCCGCCUGGAGGCCGAGGCGUGCGGCGUCUACACGCCGCGCUGCGCCGCCGGCUUGCGCUGCUACCCCCGACCCCGCGCCGAGCUGCCCCUCCAAGCCCUGGUGCAGGGGCAGGGCACCUGCGCCCGCCGCCGCGACACGGCCGAGUACGGCGCCAGCGCCGAGCGCCCCGCAGAUAAUGGUGAUGACCGGUCCGAGAGCAUCCUUGCUGAGAACCAUGUGGAUGGCACCGCAGGGAUCCUGAGUGGAGCCGGUGGGAGGAAGCCCAUGAAGACAGGCAUGAAGGAGCUGGCGGUUAUGAGGGAGAAGGUGAACGAGCAGCAGCGGCAGAUGGGCAAAGUCGGCAAGCCCCAUCACAACCACGAGGACUCAAAGAAGUCACGGCUGUCGACGGGCAGGACCCCUUGUCAGCAGGAGCUGGAUCAGGUCCUGGAACGCAUCUCCACUAUGCGGCUGCCAGAUGAGCGAGGUCCCCUGGAGCACCUCUACUCCCUCCACAUCCCCAACUGCGACAAGCACGGCUUGUACAAUCUCAAACAGUGCAAGAUGUCGGUGAACGGGCAGCGUGGCGAGUGCUGGUGUGUGGACCCCAUCCACGGGAAGGUGAUCCAGGGUGCACCCACCAUCCGCGGGGAUCCUGAAUGCCACCUCUUCUACACAGCCCAUGAGCAGGAGGACCGGGGAGCACAUGCCCUGCGGAGCCAGUAGACGGACGUGAUCCUGCUCGCUGGAGGCGGCUUGCCGUGGCCCCAGUGCUGGAUUUUACAUGGGUUUCAGCGUGUCUCUUUAGGCUCUGGAAGAGACUAGGGUUGGGUCCUGCGUGCUGUCCUCCUCCCCUGCUGCCCAGCUCCUGGGGAGGGGAGGGAUAACAGGAGGGGAAGGGCGGUGGGGGGGUUGCAAGGAGAAGGGACUGCUUUCCUAUAGUCUUUCACCCAACGUAAGCCAGAGAACUGGUGUUUUUUGCUCCUCGCCCCGCGGCCUUGCCCUCCCUGCUGCUUCGCGGCAUCUUCCUACACCCUCCAGCACAGAGCGCCGUGUGCUCCCCGACACCUCCUGGGGACGAAACCCCUUGCCAUGGGCCGGAGUGGGACAAAAAAAACAAAGGAAAAACCCCACCCUUUCCCCCUCUUUCCCUCCCUUCCCCAAGACCAAAGACUGUAAAUACUGUCGCCUGCCUCUUGCGUCCUGCCGGUCCCCUGCGCCCCAGCCCAGCCGUCGGUCCUGGCAUGGGAUGCGGUGUGGGAGGGAGGGAAGGAGGAAAGUCCCCGGCUUCCCAGCUGGAACAUGCUGGUGCGGUUGGGAUGCAUCCCCCAAGGAGGCAUUAGUGAGGGAAAGGGCUAAGGAUGAGACAGCUCCCCCCACCCCAAAACACCCCUGUGUGCUUCCCUUCCUAGCUGUGGGGCACAGCCAGCCUCACAGGGACCCGGUUCCAGCCGCUGGUCUGGGAGGAGGGGCCUUUGGGUGAUGGCGAAGCUAAAUGCUUGGUUUACUAGAGGAUUUGAAGGGCUAUUGCCCAGUAUUUUUUAGGAUCAGCUUAUGCUGAGGGAGCUAAAGUGAACUUGCUGGGGCUGGGUGGAAGGAUGCCUGUGUAGAUUUAGAAUAACAAGCCAGAGAGUCUCUCUCUCUCUCUCUCUCUCUCUCUCUCUCUCUCUCUCUCAUUCUUUCUUUGUUUCUAGAUAAGAAAAAACCCAUCUAAAACCUGCACUCCCAAGCAGCUGCCCUUGUCCCUCCAUUUUUGCUUGGGACCGGAGUGAGCAUCUGCUAUUCAACACACACUUUUUCUUUUUUUUUGUAAGUGAAUUACAGUAUAUAUCUUGCUUUGUAAAGGCCCUGACACACACGUACCCCUCUGCCCACACACACAUUUGUAUAGAUUAAAUCCAAGUGAUUCCAGGCACUCUGAGGAGAGAUGUCUCUGCUGUUAUUUCACCUGUCAAUUUCUUUCUGUACAGAACACAUCGAAGCUGAGAAUAAAUAACUUCCCCGUCGCCUAAGCAAGGAGAUUUUAUUAUUUUCUACCCCCCCCUUUUUUUUAAUAUGGAUACCAUUUGCAGAGCAAUUGCAAAAAUCCUCUCCUUACAGUAAAAGCCUCAGGUUUUCCUUAAAUGAAAUUAAGGGGGGGGGGGGGGGGGGAAGUAAAGCAUCUCCCAGUUUCUGGAAAUGCUUCUGAGUAGCAAACAGCCGCCAGAUCCCAGGUCCUCUGCAGGGUUAGGUUGAAUAGGAUGGAGGAAGCGGUUUCGUUGGUGAGUGUGGGUGCUGGCUGGGAGCACCCUGUGCCUGCAUGGUGGGGGCCAGGCAGGAAAGCUACCUGACCAUGGCCUGCAGGGAUGGGACUGGACCCUGGAGACUGCCAGCACACCCCAGAACCACCAAAUGGUGCUGCAGAAACAUCACAUUGGUGUCCCUACUGCUGAUACCCCCUCAUCUGAGGACUUUGGUCCAGAGAAGGAAAAGCAAAAAGCCCAAUGGGCUCUGGGGAAGGGGGGCUCUGGAGAUUUUUUUUGCGCCGCCCCCCCCUCCCCCCCUUCUUGGCCCCACAUUUCAGAUCUCAAGUGGGAAGGGCACAGGUGGUCUCUGCAAAUUAAGCCCUUCAUGACUUUGCAGGGGUUUGGAUGUGGCAGUGGAGGAGAUAGGGAAAGGACCCCCUUUGGAAAGUCAGGGGUGGGGGUGUAUGCAUGUGGAUGUGUGUGAGAGGGACUGAGAGUGCAUAUGAGAGAGAGAGAAAACACACCUGCAUGCAAAGCCAAGUAACUGUAAAAAUUAUGCUACAUGUUUUCUGUUAACAUCUGAGGGUGUUCUGCUUUUUCAUGUAAACCUUGCACAUGCUGGCUCUCAUCUGCAGUUUGUACUUUUUGGUUUGUUUAGGAAUCAGGAAGUUUUCUUUUGUGUUUUUCUUUUUUUCUUUUGGAAAAGCUGAGCUGCAUAAAGUUGGAAUAAAUUAAAUGGGAUGCCAGAAAACUGUCA